AUGAACGCCGAAUUUGGGUUCUCCGGUGCCAAGAAUUGGGAGAACGGACUUUUUUCCCAAAUUAUCGGAUUCAUGGACAAAGCCUUGUGGUCUGCGGCAUUACUCACCUUCAAACCCUUAAACACCCCGCAAACGGUGGAUGCAGUGCGGAAAGGUUCGGUAGCCCCAUUACCUGUAGUUCCGAACUUUGUAGAGUCCCGUUACCUCGUAGCUCCCGUUAUAAGUGCCGUAGCCGCGGAUCAUAGCAAAAUGAGUAUCAAGAUCCAAACUACACGGAACAGGUGA